AGACCGGAGACCCCUCACACACCCCUGCCCCUCCCCUGCCUGAGGGACCUCCCUGGGGCGGGGGCUGAGACCUGACAAACUCAUCUCGGCCCAGCCAGCCAAUGGGACUAGGCAGGGCUCCCAAGGAGGGGAAGGUCCCCGGGCCAGCCAGUCCCCAGCCCUGGGGCUGGAUCGGGGCCAGUGCCCCCCAGAGGGGAAAGGCCCCAUCCCCCCUGCCCCACUGGAAAAAGGCCGCCCCCCGUCUGUGUGUCUCUGGGUCCGUCCGCCCAGGUACGCCAUCACCGUCUGGAGCCAGGAGGGCGCGGAAGCCAAAGGCAAAUACCAGCCGGGAAAACCAGGACCCACCGAGCUGCUUCCACGGGGAGACCCUGGUGACGACCACACACAACCUGUUCUUCGGGGGGACAGAGACCGUCAGCACCACCCUGCGCUACGGAUUCCUCCUCAUGAAGUACCCGGAGAUACAGGCCAAAGUCCACGCUGAGCUGAUCGGGUGGCACCGCAGACCGUCGGUAGACGACCAGGCGCACGUGCCCUACGCCGACGCCGUGAUCCACGAGGUGCAGCGCUUCGGCGACGUGAUCCCCAUGGGGCUCCCGCACGCGCUGACCCGGGACACCCGGUUCAGGGGUUUCCUGCUGCCAGAGGGCACCAACGUCAUCCCGCUGCUGUUCUCCGUUCACAACGACCCCGCCCAGUUCAAAGACCCGGCCUCGUUCGACCCGGCCCAUUUCCUGGACCCGAGAGGAGGUUUCCGAAAGCAAGACGCCUUCAUGGCCUUCUCCAUGGGGAAGAGGAACUGCCUGGGCGAGGGCCUGGCCCGCAUGGAGCUCUUCCUCUUCUUCACUGCCGUCCUGCAGAGCUUCGCCCUCACGCCCCUCGUCCGCCCAGAGGAAAUCGACAUCUCGCCCUUGAUGAGUGGCCUGGGGAACGUGCCAGGUCCCUACGAGCUCCGGGCUGUCCCUCGCUGAGCGAGCCGCUGCCCCAUCCCGCCUGGCUCCCCCUUUCACAGCCUCGUGUCCCGCAGCCUUUGAACGCGUGAGAUGAGCUCGCCGGCCUCGUCGCUUGCAGUGUCUAAUCAGGAUGGUGGUCUUCUCUCUUUUCAAAGUCCUGAGCUCCGGAUUUGUGAGUUUGGUUCAAGUUUUCAUUAAACUCAAAUACAAAUAAAAAUUGUCCAGCUCUGGGGGUGAUAGAGAAAAGUUUACAAACUUGACUCGAGUAAAGAAACCAGAAGCAAAUAAAACAAACCCAAAUCUUG